CGGGAAACAUGGCGGAGAGCAGGAGCGGGCCGUACAGUCCCCCUGAGACCGGAGCCCUGACCGGCACCUCCCGGAUGGGGGUCUGCCUGCUCGGGGUGCUCUGCCUGCUGUGCCAGGUCUGUCCCUCCGGGGCCACUACACACUGGGUGGUGACAGAGGACGGCAAGAUCCAACAGCAGGUUGAUUCGCCAAUGAACUUGAAGCAUCCCCACGAUUUGGUGAUUUUAAUGAGACAAGAGACCACCGUUGGCUACCUCAAGGAACUAGAGAAACACUUAGUUGCUCAGAAAAUUCAUAUUGAGGAAAAUGAAGAUCGGGACACAGGGUUGGAGCAGAGGCACUACAAGGAUGACCCUGAUUGUGGUUCUAGCCAAAGUGCCUCUGGGUGACAUGGACUUAUAUGAUGGAACUUAUAUGCCACUGGAGGACAAAAAUAUCAA